AGUAGGAGUAUAUAAGGAGCAGUGGCUUAACUUGUUACAAAAAGACUGAUGUCCUAAUUCUUUUGAUAUGUAUGAAGGGAUAUAUUGGUUUAGUCUGCCAUAAAAAGAUGUCAUAGAAUGUGACAAUGGUCAUGUGUAGGUCUUCAAGAGUUGAGGUGUGGGUGGCUAUGGAGACAGCUUUGAAGUAGGAUGAUUAUAUGUAACAUAUUAUAACACCUGUUGAAGUGGACAGACAGAAAGAUGCAUUGAUUGGAUUCAGGUCCCUCAGGGAAACAGUCUUGUAUGUAGAUUGAUUUGCUUCUGUAUCCUUUGAUUUCAAGUAGUUGUAGGAUGGAAACUAAUGUUGUGUUGGUGCUGUUGGUUGGGCUGCCAGGGUCUGGGAAAACCAAACUGUGCAAGGCUCUCAAGGCUCUCAGUGAGGAGACAGAGAACUUUGGGAAGCUGGUACUGGCUCAUGUGUGUUAUGAUAAACUAAUUCCACUGUCUGUUCAGAGAGAGUUUGUGGAGCAGAAGAAAAGUGAGGAAAAAAGUGGGAAGGAUCGUAACAGAACUGACGGAGAAAACUGUGAAAUCACUGUCGAGAAUGAAAGCACCAAAGAGUUGAAGACUAUGGAUGAGGAAAAAGACUUUGAGGGUGAUGGAAAUGAGGGACAGAGUAUUAGUGAGGACUGGAAGAGUGCCCGGCUCAAGAUUCACUCUCAAGUUGAUCAGCUUCUCCAUUUUAUCAACACCAGAAGAACUGAGUCAAGUGUUGAAGAUUUUUUUGGCAUUCCGUUUGGAGCACUAGAAGGGGACAUGUGUGUGAUCCUCCUGGAUGACAACUUUUACUACCGUAGCAUGAGGUAUGAGUUUUACCAGCUUGCUCGGAGGCACAGUGCUGCAUUUUGCCAGCUGUAUAUGGAGUGCAGUGUGGAGGAGGCCAUGCAGCACAACAGUAUGAGGGAGGAGAGUGUCCCGGCAGAAGUGGUGAUAACCAUGGGGGCACGUCUGCAGCCACCCCAGCCACACCUCCACCCUUGGGAGGCCAACACCUGUGUGCUUCAGGGGCAGGGUGAGGGUCAGGUUCGCCAGGCAUGGAGUGCAGUGGUCCAGGCCUUCCAGCAUGGCCUCACCCCUGUAGAGGACAGAGAAGAAGAGGUGGCUGAGGCACGCCGCCGAUGCUCCCAGAGUGUGGUUCACCAGGCAGACCUUAGUCUCAGGGCGAUAGUGAAGCAUCUAAUAAAGAAGGAGUUGCAGAAGGCAAGUGAUGGUGAGAGAGACAGCCUCCCAGCCUCCCAGGUGGCUGCACGCAUCAAUUCAGCACGGCAGGCAGUGUUAGCCGAUCUGAGGGAGGGAGUCCUGGAAGUGCUGUCCUGCUUGGCUGAUGCUAUCACUAAGGACAACAGGCAGGAAUUUGAUGCCUUCCUGGAGGUUGAAAUGAAGAAGAAAUUGUAAGAAUAUCUAACUGAGAACUGAUCAAAGAGUUGUUAAUGGCAGAAAGCACUAGUAAAGGCCAUUUCUUGUUGAUAACAGAAGUCUCACUGUUGGAUCAAAUUCAUAAAAACAUUAAGGCUCUAACUUGAACUUGCCAUCCUGGAAGUUGAUAAUCAAAUGUGUAAUGCAUUUUUGUCAAGGGAGAUUUCAUAGGGUCUGCAAGGAAUGAGUUACAUACGGGUGAGUCACAUCAGGUAAUUUGCAGUUACACUUCAACAGACUGACUAUUUGCAGCUGAUAACCCAAUCAAGUAAAUUUUCAGAUGAUAAUAUAGUAACAAGACUUUUUAUGCAUUUUUAGUGUGGGUGCUACAAGCCAUGUAUAUAUUACUGUAAUUAGUGUGACAUUUUUUUUGUAUCGUAGUAAAAAAAACUAACCAAAUGCAAAUUUUUUUCUCAUUCUUCCUGUGAAAUCUAAUUUUAUCAUGGAAAUGCAGAUGUAAGGCAAUUAUCAGUAGACUGUCAUAGCUCAAAUAAUAAUAAAAAAAUAGCUGUGA